UUGUGGGGCGGCGGCUGCGUAGCAUCCUCAGUUGAGCGGCGCCAGGCGGACAGACAGCGGACCUGGACCUGGAUCUGGAUCUGGACCUGGACCUGGACCUGACCGAACCCUCACCUUCACCUCAGAGCCGAGCCGGAAGUGCCUUAUCACCGCGGAGAUGGUUCACGGAGACCUGAUGAGCCAGGCGGAGGAUGUAGCGGACCAGUUCCUCAGGGUGACCAAACACUACCUGCCGCACGUUGCCAGGUUGUGUCUGGUCAGCACCUUCCUGGAGGACGGGAUCAGGAUGUGGUUCCAGUGGACGGAGCAAAGCGAAUACAUCGACUCCACCUGGAGCUGCGGACGCUUCCUGGCCACCAUCUUCGUCCUGCUCAACCUGCUGGGGCAGCUGGGUGGCUGUGUGUUGAUUCUCAGCAGGAACUUUGUCCAGUACGCCUGCUUCGGCCUGUUUGGAGUCAUCGCCCUGCAGACGGUGGCCUACAGCAUCCUGUGGGACCUCAAGUUCCUCAUGAGGAGCCUGGCUCUGGGCGGUGGCCUGCUGCUCCUCCUGGCUGAGAGCCGCGAGGAGGCGCGCAGCGUGUUCGCCGGCGUCCCCUCGCUGGGCCAGAGCUCGCCCAAACACCUGCUGCAGCUGGGAGGACGGGUGCUGCUGGUGCUCAUGUUCAUGACGCUGCUGCACCUCGACCUGAGCCUGUUCAGCGUGCUGCACAACCUGGUGGGCACGGCGCUGGUGGUGCUGGUGGCCGUGGGCCUGAAGACCAAGCUGGCCGCCCUGACGCUGGUGGCCUGGCUGCUCUGCAUCAACUUCUACUUCAACGCCUUCUGGACCGUCGCCGCCUACAAGCCCAUCCACGACUUCCUCAAGUACGACUUCUUCCAGACCACCUCGGUGAUCGGGGGCCUCCUGCUGGUGGUGGCCCUGGGGCCCGGAGGGGUCAGCAUGGACGAGAAGAAGAAGGAGUGAGGGUUUGAACCAACCAAUCAGCUGCUGCCUUCACUGUGUGCUUUGGAGUUUGAUUGACAGCUGAAUCUGCCAAUCAGAAAUCCCCGUACUGCAGCUUUGGUUUACAGUGCAACACAGGCUGGAAAAACCUCAGCGAGAAAUGAAAAAACAACGUUUUUUUUUUUUUUUUUAAAUGACAGAGGAUAAUCC